AUGGAUCAAGCUACUACUACUAAUACUACCGCAAUGGCCAACAGAACUGCACCACAGGAAAUGCAUAUCAGUGAAAGAAGUGAGAGAUGUCCUUUGGAAUCCUUUCUAAAGUCCAAGAGACUGAAAACGAUGGGAGGAAAAGGGCAUACCAACAACAACAAUCGUGCGAAACGUAUACCAGCAUUGGAUCUCAAUGACAUCAAGAUUGGUAGCCGAAUAGGCAAGGGAUCCUUCACCAAGGUUCAUGCUCUAUCAAGUAUCAGCAAAAGUGCUCGCAAGGCCAUGCUGGAACGAUCCCAAAAACAAGACUCUGAUAACAACAAUGGUAACGGUAAUAAUGGUAAUGGCAAUGGCAAUGGCAAUGGCAAUAAUAACCAUCAGUUUGUGAUCAAGAGGUUACGAGUCAGUGCCUCAUCCGCAGGCGAAACGGCUCUCCACAAGGCAUUUCAUCAAUUGAUUGGUGAAGCCAAUCUCUUGGCUCAGUUGGAUCACCCACAAAUUGCAAGGCUUCGGGCAUUCAUCUCCACCAAAGGUGGAAACACCAAUGCUCAGAAUGGCUUUGCCCUAAUUGUGGAUCGAUGGGAUUGCACCCUCCGAGAAAAGAUUCAUCAUUGGACAGUCAGAUCGGAUACACCCAAUGACGACGCGACCUUUGUUUCCGAACGGCUCUGCUAUGCAUUGGAGCUUGCGGAAGCUUUGGAAUACCUUCAUCAUCGCCGGUUGAUCUACCGGGACUUGUCCCCGCGAAACAUUGGUUUCAAGGAUGGAUCCGUUCAACUCUUUGACUUUGGACUAUGCCGACAACUUCCCAGCAAAAGUAAGGCCACUGGUCCCGAUAGAACUUACCACAUGACCUAUGCUGGUACUGCUCGGUACCUGGCACCAGAAGUCCACAGGCGCACCGGAUACAAUCGCAAAGCUGAUGUGUACAGCUGGGCGAUGGUCUGCUACGAAAUGAUGUCCUUGACGGAACCAUACUAUGGUAUGAGUCGGGAAGAACACUUUGCCGAAGUCUGUGACGAAGGCUUCCGACCAUGCAUGGACGAUUUGCCAAGCUGUUCCGAGUUGGAAGAUUUGCUGCACCAAACCUGGUGCGAUAACAUCAGCCAACGUCUCACCAUGAAGAAAGUUUGUGCAGCGUUGGAAGACAUUGUAUCCUCCAUUGAUCCAGAAACAAGUACCUUGGUUUCUGGUGGCGAUGAUGAUGAAUAUGAAUAUGAUGACAAGCACGACUCGCAUUCCACGUUUUCCACACUGUCCGAUUACUCCUGGUUGACAGAUGACCAUGAUGACGACGAUGAUUCGAUGGAAAUUGAGAUGGAGAUUGAUUACGAUGGUAACUGGCAGCAUUAA